AUGUUUCACGAAGGGCCUCUGCAGAUGAACAACAUGGUGAACACAGAUUAUGGAGCCACAGAUGUGACAAACUACUACAACUCAGCAAACUCGGCACCCAGGGCGGAUAAAUGCGUGGCCAUACUGACGCACCGGAGGAAGAGGACUAACUUUACGCAGCAGCAAAUCGAGGUGCUGGAGAAGGUUUACUCAGACACCAAGUAUCCUGACAUCUACCUGCGGGAGAGACUGGAGGCUCUGACCGGGCUACCGGAGUCCAGGAUUCAGGUGUGGUUUCAGAACAGAAGAGCUAAGUCUCGUCGCCAGGUUGGCUCAUCAGUGUCCAUGAAGGUUUCCAAUCCACCAGCAGCUGGGCCCUUUAGCCAAAUCCAGAGCAGGAUGGGUCCUGAGAAGGUUUAUGACAACAAUCAAAGUGCAGAGCCACACAGGAUUGGUGGUUUUGGAUUAGAGGACAGUUUCAGACCCUCAAUGCACCAGAACAGUGAGGACCCACACCGGACAGGUCUACCCACCAAACCCAGCAGCUACGAACACACAUCCGGCUCCUGCAUCUACGAGAAGGAGGGAGCCGGUGUGAAGCCCGACCAGAUGCAGCGUCACGAGCUGAGCGUCAACGUCCCGUGUUGUAACAUCCACCUUUACCCGAAGGAGAGCGAGCAUCCCCCCAGGAUCGAGGCCAACUUGGCAGACAACCAGGGGCCACAGGUUCUGGUGGAAUAUGACAAUUUCCCUCCAAACAAAACCAUUGGACCAGAGAUGAAAGUUGUGAUCCCACCCCUCCCGACCCACAGUAACUUCAGCAGGUCGUCACCCAAGGAUAACGGAUGCCAGCUCCAGUAUCCACAUGUGAGGGCCACAGGCGACAGGUUCAGCCAUUUCUCCCCGAUCCACCCCGCCGAGGCUCAGGACUUCACCGACUCAGACUCUGACUGGGAAAAUGAGGCCAUGGCUGGGUUCGGUGGAUUUAUGUGA